AGAAGAUAUCCAGAUGAGGAAGAAGAUGGCCGUGGGCGACGACGAGACAAAGGAGCAGAUGUCCCAGUUUCAUCAGCGAGUGAAGAGCGAGGUUGGUUUAGGAAACGCGAAAAGAGUUCCUCUCGAGAACUAGAUAGAACUAGUGAAGAGAGGCAGCCGGAAAAAUCCCGAUGGUUCAGGAAGAGAGACAAGAGUUCAUCUCGGGGCUCUGAGGACAGGAAUUUCCGUCGGGAGGAUUCAGACCGGAGGCGGGACAAAGGAAAGAGUAAGGAUGAGGCAUCAGUGACAGGAAGUGAUAGGAGAAAAGGCACAGAUGCCAGUGGGAAAGGUAGAUCAGCAUCUAAAGAAAAGGUAGAAAGCUUGGGCCUAAGAAAUCAGGAAGAGGAGGAUAGAGGACAGCACCGGAAACGCAGUUCUAGUGAUCAGUCCGUUAAUCAGGAAAGACUACAAGUGCCAGAACCUACUGUGCGGAGAUUAUCAUCCCCAGAAAUUGAUAAUUCUGGAGUAAUAACCGCAUCAUUACGUAUUCCAGUGCCAUUAGCCCAAGGAGGAGGACCCUUGGCAUUCGCACAAGAUAAAGAAAUUCCUUUUAUUGAAGACUCUAGUACUAGUGAUGAUAAAAAAAAUCGGCAGCGUUCGUCACCACAUAAGGGAGGUGGGUCUCCAAGAAAUGAUAUUGCAAGGCAACGUUCAGGUAGUAGUGACUCUUACCUUGGUCAGCCCAUUACUGGCACCAUGAGCUUUCAACCGCUGACCAAGAAAGGCGGUGAUAAACAGAGUCAUGACUCCGUUCUCUCUUCAUCUUCAGCAGAUGUUUACACAUUGUCUCCCUCACCUCGUAACACACCUUUGUCUGAUGUGUAUGCCUCAGGUACAUCAUCGCCUCUGAGUGGCGCUGGUUCACCUCCUCUUUGGCUUAGUCCUGACUCUGGAACACCAGGACUAUCACCACCUAAUUCACCCCCACCACAGCCACGCCGUAGGGGUGAGUCGAGCAACAAUCCAAUAGCACAUUCGGUGACUCACACCUUUGGCACCAAACCUCCAGCAACACCGUCAAAAAGUAAAAGUUCCUCAUCCGUUGCAUCCCACGGACUCUUUCCAAUAGGCCGCUCCAAAACUGCAGAUAACAUUAAGACAGUAACUCAUCACACAGAAGGAAGUGGCACUACAUCUGAAAGUCGUGAUGAAAUUGCACGGGAAACACGGGGGCACAGGGACUAUGGUGGGGGUCGUCGCUAUACCCGCCGCCGCUAUACUGGGGAAAGACACCCAACUGGACACCUUCCAGAUAUGAGCGCAUCAAAUGUAAGUGAAGGACAGACACAACUGUGGAAGCGAUGGGAGAUUAUUGCGUCAGAUCCAACAGAACCUGAGACAUUUGUCUAGCUGAGGAGCCUCCCCACAGGUGAGGAGGCUUUAUAUAAAUGCAUAUUCUGGCCUAAAUGAUCAUUUAGAAAUAUCUUUCACACUCAUAUCUUUGCUCAAAUUUUCUUUCAACAAUGAUUUGUGUAAUAUGUAUAAAAAAGUCAAAGUAUUCUUUUAUAGUUUGUGAUGAGCUACUAAAUCUACCUGAUAAUCCACAAAGGUUGAUUGAAAUUAUCUAUUCAAUUAAUCCACGUGGCAGCAUUAUCUAAGGUUUUAUACAAUUGAUUAAAAUUAAUCACAACUGAGAAUUUGAGUGCACAAAAAAUCAAUAUGAAAUGUAGAUUUUUGAAUUCAGAAAUUUAUGAGAAUAUUAUGUAAUAUAUUCACAAAGAAAUGAAGAUAAAGUGAAAAUGCCAAGCAUUCUGGAUUAUCAGGAGAACACAUCUUGCAAAGAAAUUUUCGGUUUGCAUACUAAAAGUGAACAAGUUAAUUUGACUAAAAGUGAGUGUUAGAUGUACUAAGGCCACAGGUUCAAUGUUGAAAGUAUAAGAAAAUAAAAGUAUAAAUGAUAUUGCUGCAUUCAUCAGAAAGAAAAUAGUGGCUGUUACAGAAACUUUUAUGACAGCUACUUUUAGAACUUUGAGAGAUCAGCUUCAGUGUAUUUUGUACAGAAAUGUGUAAAUGGUGGAUAACGCUGUGUGAAAACUGUGUUUAAUCGCACUUAAUAUGUCAGCUGUGAUGUUUGUUGAGGAAGUUGCAGUCUGUAAGUCACUCUUUUGUGAAGAACCCUUUUAUAUAAAGUCAAUGUACAAUACAAAGAACUGAUAUAUUUCUGGUCUA